GAAAAUUAAUUUUGCACAUUGUCAAUAAUCAUGGCUGUACCCUUUUGUAGGGCACAGGAUAAACGAAAUUUUUGACAUCAUUACUGAAGAUGAAGUUUUAACUAAUCCUUACAAUUCCAAGUGAUGGAAGGAAACGUUAACAUUUUCAACGAAGGAGAUCUCUAUAAUUUCGACGAAUAAUCAAUAUGUAAAGAAUUUACAUAUUAUUUAGUUUCUCAUGCCAUAAAGUAGUUUCAUUUACAAGUAAAAUUCAUCACUGACAAGGUUAGACAAAGUUCGCAGCUCAUUAUCACGGAAUUAAACGUGUCAUCAAAUACUCAGACGCCACACUUGACGGCCUGUACAACUAAGAGUAAGUCGCAACAAAAAACACACGAAAUAACGAGCAGUUAGUUAUCACCCACGAUAAUGAUCAAAAAAUUUAUUUUGUGUUGCGUGCUGUUAACUACCAUAAGAGUAUUCUAUUUAAGGCAGUGUAAGGCAAAUGACACUUCCGAUGUAUUCUUUAAAAAUCAAGUUCCAACCUCUACAGAAAUUGCGCAAAAAGCGGGAUACGUAGUCGAAACUUAUGAAGUUGUCACUCAGGAUGGGUAUAUUUUGCAAAUGGAUAGAGUCGCUGGAUCGAAGAAAAGUCCUCCGUCUGAUAAUAAAACAGCUGUAUUACUUCUUCAUGGAAUGUUAGAUUGUUCGAUUACGUGGCUUGUGGCAGGCCCCGAAGUUGGUCUAGGUAUUGUC